CAGAAAUCCCGUACAGUCAGCGGCUCGAACGGCGGGCGCGUAAAUUUCUGCAUUCAAGAUGGCGGAUAAACGAAGAGGAAAGCAUUCCCAAGGCUAUUAUCGGAGCUUAAAUGCUCUCAAUACGGCAGAUUUCAUUGAGAGUCGGUGGAAAAGGAAAAAAGGCCCUUACUUUCAAGUGGAAAGAGUUUUAAGCUGCAGGAGAAAUAAAGGAAAGAAUGAGUACCUAAUUCGUUGGAAAGGGUACAGUUCGCUGGAGGACACGUGGGAAGUGGAGGAAAACCUUAAUAAAACCGCAAUAAGGGCAUUUAGAAUGUCCAAACCCUCAGAGGAAAGAAUUAAAGAGGGAUCUGAUCUACUGGCAGUUGCUAUUCUCCAGCAUCUCAAGAGCAAACAUCAGACAGCCUCAGCCACAACUGUAGUAGAAAUUAGACAUGAUGUCUUUAAUUAUAUUUUUAGAGGACGAGGAAGACCCAGCACAAAAUCUGGUUGUACUUUGUUAGAGAAGACUGACUUUAACCGCUGUUCUUUUUUAAAAGAAUGUCCCGACUGGGACUCUUACAUAGACAACCUUGGAGAUGGCACACAAGUCAUAUUUCCAAUUAGAGCAAAACCUUUUGUGAGCUUGGGACCACAGACACAUAAACUUGUGGAGGGGAAGCUUGUACCUAAGCCCAGAUACCAUCUCGAAAAAGUAAGUUUAAGUUUUAACAAGCGCUCAAUUGCAGUAUUGUGAUUGAAACUGAGAAUGUGAAUGCAUGCUUUUAGAUGGGUUUAGGUACAAGCUAAUACCCUGCUUAUUAAGCGCAUUAAUAACCCUGCUUCUAAGAAAUUAUGUUGUUAUGUCAAGUCAGAAAGUUACAUAAAGGCUUUGAAAUUGUUGUUUA